CCUUCUUUCAUGCACCAUUCUUCACUUCUACACAUUUUCUAACCAGCGAUCUUGUGAACACAUUGACACGACCAACCAUAAUCUUCUAUAUAUAGCAAUUCUGGUAGAUCAAUCCAUUCAAUUCACUACCUAGUACUACAUCAUCUCUACCUGUUAGUACAAAUUGAACCUCCACGUUAUCCAGUUUAAGCAGACCGAUUUUGUCAUCAGAAUAAUGCCACCGCGAUUGAAUAGUCGAUUGAUUUCUCCGCAAAUUCGCUUUUUACGCCUAUACUCUAGCGAUGCCGGCCCAUUAAUCAGAGUCACAAAUCUCCCAACCUCUAACACCGGCCACAUUCGCAUCCUCGAGCUCAAUCGGCCAUCAGCGCGUAACGCGAUAUCGAAAGCCCUCCUAGCCUCCUUACGAGCCGAAGUCGAAGAUGUCCGAUCGCAAUAUACAUUAGAAGGAAAUGAAAUACCCCCAGCUCCGCGGUUUGGAGGAGCCGCGGGCCUAGAUGACAAGGGACCAACCCGGGCCUUGAUCCUCGCCAGCGCCGUCGACGCGAGUUUCUGCGCCGGCGCGGACUUAAAAGAAAGACGCGGGUUCACGGAAGAAGAAACGCAACAAUUCCUCUCCGUCCUCCGCGGCACAUUCGCCUCUCUCUCCGCCCUCCCUAUCCCAACCAUCUCCGCCAUAUCCUCCCUCGCCCUAGGCGGCGGCCUCGAACUCGCGCUAUGCACACACUUCCGCGUCCUCGCAUCUACCGCCACCGUCGGGCUCCCUGAAACCCGACUCGGCAUCAUCCCCGGCGCCGGCGGUACAUAUCGACUUCCCGCGUUGAUCGGGCUACCCCGCGCACGCGAUAUAAUCCUCACCGGACGCCGGGUAUCCGCCCCUGAAGCAUAUUUCCUCGGGCUCGCGGACCGUUUGGUAGAAGUGUUGCCCGAGGAUGAGCGGGAUGGGGUUGCGCAGGAGAACGGCGCAGGAGAGGAAGAGGAGGGAUUACCCGCGCGCGCGAGGAACGCGACGUUAGCAGAGGCCGUGAGGCUCGCGAGUGAGAUUUGCGAGGGCGGACCGGUGGCGGUUAGGGCUGCGCUGGAGGCGGUUAGUUGGGCUCAGCCGGAGGUGGAGAAUGCGGCGUAUGAGAGGGUGGUGAGGACUGAGGAUAGGGAUGAGGCGCUUGUCGCGUUUGGGGAGAAGAGGAGGCCGGUUUUUAAGGGGCGGUGAGGGGGUAUGUGAUGUUGAGGGUUCUAGGACAUUUCACAUGAUGGUAUGAUCACAGCUGCAUUUGGAUGCGAAGGUCUAUUUGCUAGGUUUUGGUUUCAUCUGUGUUAACUGGUCUAUGACGUAUACGACGCUUUUUAGCUCAUGCUGCGAAGCCUAUGCCUUCGGUGUGUUUGGUAUACCGACGGUAAGUGACAACAUACAUGACAGCGAAGAUUGACUAAUCAAAUGGCUUGCACUCCGCUAAAGCUGCGCUAAUGGUUGAACCAAUUGCCUCCGGGACUGCGUUAGAUUUACCUGAGAUUCACCCAAAUUAGUGCGCGCUUUUCCCCCUUACAACAUCUC